AUGCACGCACGCGCUAUCCUCAUUGCCGCUGCUGGCCUGGCAGCUUCUACUUUGGCCGCAACAGUUUCGUCUAGCAUCCCUCUCGAUAGUCCUGAAGAUGUCAUUAUCACCACUUACCCCGAUAGUCUGCCUGCUGAUCUGAUUCCUGGAGCAGCUUCCAGCGAAACUGUGAGCAAGCUCGCCAAUGUUGGAUAUAAGCGUUCGGUUGAGCCUAGCCCAGCUCGCAACCGUUUGCGUUCUAUGGUUUCUCAUAUGAGUGGCUAUCUAUAUCGGGUUGAUUCAUCAACAACAUCAAAAGGUACGGGAGAAGAUAAGCCAUUAAAAUUCAUCCUGGCUCUCAUUAGGGAAGUUCAAGAUAUGCAAGUAAUCAAUAGUACACUGAUGGUUAUAGUUAAUCAUUCCCAAUGA